AUGGCAUCCAGAGAUAAAUUCAAGAGGAAGAAUUACCCAGCUCCAGAUAUGGCCACAAUUCUGAAGGCCACCACCACCGCCAAGGCUAGGGCCUUGAAGCCGGGGUCUAGUGGGGCCAAGGAGGUCCGAGGCAAGGUGGAACACCUUUCCAAGGACAGCACUCCAAAGGCUCCCGAAGAGGGAGCUUCCCAAAGGCAGGAGAGGCCAAAAGAGCCUCGGGGGAAAGAGAAGGUCCCAGAGAAGGCGAAGAGGAGGAAGCUGGUGCACGUUACCAGCUCAUCUGGGAAAUUUGGGACAUCAGUGUCCCAUGAGGCUAAAUCCACAAGCGAGCCGAAGCUGUUCGCAUCUGCCUCCAAAGCCAUUAAGAUAGAAAUGGUCAGGGAGGCUGAGGCUGAGGCUGAGGCUGAGGCUGAGGAGGCUAGGGAGGAGGCCGCGAGGAGGGCUUCUGAGGCUUCCGAGGAAGAGGCAGCUAAACAAAAGCAUGUUCGGGAAAAGGGGAAGUCUCCAAGCUUCCUAGCUGGAAGGGAGGAGACCUUGGCCCCAGCCUUGGUGAAAGCUCUUCCUGAGGAGGUUCGAAGUGCCACUGAGAACUUCUACCGGUUCUGGACUGACAGGUGGCAGCUGUAUGCCUCCUCCUGCGAUGCAUCCGACCUGACGAGGGUGUUGGUGAGCCAAAGUGUCAGAACUUUUGACCUCGCUCUUGAAUGCAGAGAGGCCCUGAGUGAUUUUCAAUCAAGGACCAGGUCUUCAGAAGAGAAGACGGCCUCCCUUGCAGAGGAGGUUAAGGCGGUCAAGGUCGAGACGGAGGAAGUCAGGGCCCAAAAACUUGAAGAAAUGGCCAAGCUUGAGUCUGCCUUGGCCCAGAUUGAGGCCUUGAAGAAGGAAGUUCAUGAGUCACAGUGUGAGGUGGCCUCCCUAAUAAAGAAGGUGGAGGUCUUCAAUGAGCACCAAAAAGUGACUGCUGAGGCCCUGGAGAAGGCCAAUCUCUCUUGGUGGGUGCCCAAGAGUCCAACCGGUUCUUGGAAACCCAACUCAAAUGGUAUGUGGAUGAUGCGUCCCAUGCCAGAGAGGAAGCCCAACUAG